AUGUCGUUGAGCCCAAAGCACACUACGCCUUUUUCAGUGACAGAUAUUUUGAGUCCAAUCGAGGAGACCUACAAGAAGUUUAGUGGCAUGGACGGCGCAGGGAACCUAACCUCUCCACUGGGAGCCUACCGACAGCCUCAGGUGUCUCAGACCGGCAUGCAACAGCACUCCAUGGGCCACAACGCCACCGUGGCCACCACUUACCACAUGCCGCACACCGUCUCCCAGUUCUCCCACAGCGCAAUGGGGGGAUACUGCAAUGGAAGCAUUGGCAACAUGGGAGACCUCCCGUCGUACCAGGAAAGCAUGCGGAAUAGUGCAGCAACAGGGUGGUACAGCGCCAACCCGGACCCAAGAUACUCCACAAUUUCUAGAUUCAUGGGACCUUCCACAGGUAUGAACAUGACCGGCAUGGGGGGUCUCACAGGAAUGGCGGACGCGACCAAAACCAUGCCAGCUCUCCACGCGGCGCCCAGGAGGAAACGGCGCGUGCUGUUCUCGCAGGCUCAGGUCUACGAGCUGGAGAGGAGAUUUAAGCAGCAGAAAUACCUGUCCGCGCCCGAGAGGGAGCACCUGGCCAGCAUGAUCCACCUGACACCGACCCAGGUGAAGAUCUGGUUUCAGAACCACCGGUACAAGAUGAAGCGCCAGGCCAAGGACAAGGCGGCGCAGCAGCUGCAGCAGCAGCAGCAACAGGACGGUAACCUGUGCCAACAACAGGCGCAGUCCCCAAGGCGCGUAGCCGUGCCAGUUCUGGUGAAGGACGGUAAACCGUGCCAGAACGGCUCGAACACGCCGACGCCGAACCAGCAACAGGUACAACAGAGCCAACAACAAAGCCAGCAACAGAACGGGGCCGGAGUCGUGCUCGCAUCCCCGACCAGCAGCCUCAGCCAGCAUCAGAGCCAGCAGCAGGUGAACGCUCUGGAGCUGGAGGAGAUGUCACCCAGCCCGCCCUCAUUACACAGCCAGCUCAACAUGGCCCAGAUAGACACAUCUGCUGUAGAUUACACCAGUAACAUGGUCAGCUCAAACCUCCUCUACGGAAGAACGUGGUAG